ACAGUACUAUGUAGCAACUGGCGUCGGCGCGCAAUCUGUCCCCGGCGACUGCGUCCAUUGGCGGAAGGAUCUGAUUAGAGCAGCGCAGUGUGAGUGAUGCGGUAGCUGCUCGCUGCCGCUGCUGCAGGAGGAAGGACCGAACCGCUACCAGCACCACCUUUCAGUUUCGCCUUCAAAUUACACCAACCGGCUCCGUCUCACACACACAGACCACCGACUGAAUUAUUACCCCAAGGCGUCCCUCAUUAAGACACCGGAGGGGUCGGUCGCGUCGAAAUUAAAGAAGCGCUGUUUUAAUCGAGUAUAAGGCGGGUUUUUGUGUGUUUUUGACAGCACAACAAUGGCUCUGAAAAGAAUCCACAAGGAGCUGCAUGAUUUGGGCCGUGACCCACCUGCUCAGUGUUCAGCGGGCCCAGUAGGGGAUGACAUGUUUCAUUGGCAGGCCACAAUAAUGGGACCAAAUGAUAGUCCUUACCAAGGCGGAGUGUUCUUCUUGACCAUACACUUUCCCACAGAUUACCCCUUCAAACCGCCGAAGGUUGCAUUUACCACAAGAAUCUAUCACCCAAAUAUCAACAGCAAUGGCAGCAUUUGUCUGGAUAUUCUGAGGUCACAGUGGUCACCAGCACUCACCAUCUCCAAAGUUCUCCUGUCCAUCUGCUCUCUGCUGUGUGACCCCAAUCCGGACGACCCCUUAGUACCUGAGAUCGCCCGCAUUUACAAGACUGACAGGGAAAAGUACAACAGAAUAGCUCGGGAAUGGACACAAAAGUAUGCAAUGUAGUUUUGGAGUUAGAAUCAUGAUGGGAGAAAAAUACACCUCUCCAUCUUAAGGUUAGGGGAGAUUUUGAACGUUCAAAAGAUUAAAAAAAAGAAAAGAAAAAAGCUUAAGAAAAAAACGAUCUUGUUGGUUUCCAUUGGAGUGUUUUCUUUAAGCCACGCCUCCCCUCACCAGAGCACCUCCCCCCACUUUUAGCCUUCUGGCAGCCAUGGUGUACAUACUCAAACUACAACUGUAGCCCCUUUUCCUCCUCAAAUUCAAACAUCCACUCCACAGCUCCUGCUUUACCUUCUCCGUUGCUAUAGCGACGUACCCGCUGCUUAGAAUCAGCCCGUAUCAGUUUUGCUGUAGAAGAUGUUUAUGGCUCUAAAAGCAUUCCUUGUUGUUUUUAAGAACUGGGAAGGGAGGGCUAUAUUAUUUUGUUUUCUCCCUGCAAUUUGUGAUAGUCUGGACAUAGAGGGAUGUUUUUUACAGUUUGCUUUUUCAUUUCCAUUUCCUGGGCUUCCAACUGUACAUUGGAUCAGGAAG